ACUUAUAACUAAUGAGAUGUUUUGUUCAUUGUAUUGCAGAGAAUAAUGGCUUUGGAAGGCAACGAGGCUCCUCACACCCUUGUGUUUGUGGAUGAGGCUGGGUUCAAUCUAGCCAAGGGACGAAGACAUGGCCGGAAUAUUUAUCGGCCACCGGGCCACAGUUGAUGUCCCAGGCCAGUGUGGGGGCAAUAUAACCAUGUGUGCUGCCAUUUCUGAGAAUGGUGUGGCAAGUCACAUCCCCAGCCUUGGCCCAUACAAUACAGAAAAACUCCUGGCAUUCUUGGAUCAUCUCUAUUUAGAACUAAUUCCUGAAAAUGAGAGAGGGUUGGUUGGGCCUAACUUCCCAAAAUUUGUUAUUGUGUGGGAUAACGUAAACUUCCACCGUGGCCAGCGCAUCAGAGACUGGUUCACUGCACACCCCAGAAUGCUGAUGGUGUUCCUACCGCCUUACUCAGCAUUCCUGAAUCCAAUUGAGGAGUUUUUUUCAGCUUGGAGGUGGAAGGUAUACGAGUUUCGAGCUCAGAACCAGAGGACCCUGCUACAAGCAAUGGAUGCCGCUUGUGAUGAUAUCACCACAGACCAAUGGUUUCGGCAUGCACGUGGAUUCUUCCCCCGUUGCAUUGCAAGGGAGAGGAUAAGGUGUGAUGUGGAUGAGAAUAUGUGGCCAAACCAACAGGAGCGCGAGGGAAAUGACGAGGAUGAGGGAGAAUGAGGGGGUGAACUGCAAAGUGGAGGGUAACUCCAGCGUGACUUUCUGUUUCUGUUUUGUGUUUAAAUAGUUUAUUCACAGUAUGCUGAGCUGUAUAAAUUGCUUUACUUUAUCUUCAACAUGAUGUAUAGCAUUCAUUUCAGUUGUGAAUAUAUAAAUAGUGUCUUUCUCAUUAGCUUUGCAAGCGUUUUGGAUGUGAAACUGCAUUUUGUUGAGAUCAAACUUGCUUGUAAGUAGAUGAAACAGAGUUUUGAAAUUUGUGUGAGCUGUUUUGCAAAAGUUGAUUUGGUUUUGAGAAGAUGAAACCGAGUUUUGGAAUUUGUGUGAGCUGUUUUGCAAAUGUUGAUUUGGUUUUGAGAAAUGUGUCAAAGCAAUUGAGAAACUGUAAGAAUAAAUUUCCCAUGGCUGUGCAUGUAACAAAGGCGAACAAUUCUUGACUGUUGCACCCCUCCAUUUGGAGUGAUACAUUCCACCCCGUCUAAGUUGGUAUGCUCCAGCCCUGGUGCAGUUGAGAAGACGGUGUUCAACUCGUUAGCUUCUCGUCGCUCUGUGUACAUGCUGUUGUGUGCAUCAAUUGAAAGAAUUCUGCAGCUGCUGUAGAAGCACGAGGCACCGGAACAUGUCUCUCGGACAGACAGCCGCGUGCGUCCUGCUGUUUGCGCUGCUCGGUGCGGAGCCGCAAAGUCUGGAGGCUCGACCACUGCUCGUCUUCCUGAUUGAUGGAUUCCGCUACGACUACAUGGAUGAUCUAUACGAACUACCCGGAUUUCGCGAGCUCGUGGAAAACGGGGUGAAGGUGGAUUACUUGACGCCGGACUUUCCGAGUUUGUCAUACCCCAAUUACUACUCUUUAAUGACAGGCCGUCACUGCGACACUCAUCAGAUGACUGGAAAUUACAUGUGGGAUGAAGUCUCCAAGAAGGAGUUUUUGAUUGGGACCAAUCCUGACAGCCGGUUACCUCUGUGGUGGGAUGGAUCAGAGCCACUCUGGGUGACCAUGCAGAAGCUGGGAAAGAAGGUUUUCAUGUACUACUGGCCUGGCUGUGAGGUGGAAAUUCUAGGUGUCCGUCCAUCAUUCUGUGAAGAAUACGUCUACAACCCAUCAGAGAAAAACCUGACAGAGUCAAUAAGUAAUGCUCUCAACAUCUUGAGGUCAGGUGAAGCAGACAUGGCAGCAAUAUAUUAUGAGAAAAUAGAUGUGGAGGGCCAUCACUUUGGUCCAAACUCUCUUCAGGUCAGAACAGCUGUGCGACAACUGGAUCGUGCCAUGCAGACACUCAACAACAAACUCAAAGAGACAAACAUGGUAAAGCAACUGAACGUUGUACUAUUUUCUGACCAUGGUAUGACAAAGAUCCAGUGGAUGGAAAAGGUCAUUGAGCUGGACAAAUACAUCAGCAUGUCAGACAUUGUCAAGAUGAUGGACAGAGGACCAGUGGUCAGUCUGUGGCCCCAAGAGAACAAGUACCAAAAGGUGUAUGCUGCAUUGUCCCAGGUCCCUAACAUGCGUGUCUAUGCCAGACAGGACAUCCCUGACAGAUUCCAUUACAAAAGAGGAAAGUUUGUGUCGCCCCUGACACUGGUGGCUGAGCCAGGCUGGUUUAUCACCGAGAACAAGACAAGACUCCCUUACUGGAAAAAUGACACUGGGGAGCCCUCAGCGUGGCAGAAUGGCUGGCAUGGUUAUGACAACGAGUAUAUCGACAUGAGAGGCUUUUUCUUGGCAACAGGACCUGAUUUCAAGCGGAAUGUCCGGGCAGCUCCAAUUCGAACAGUGGACAUCUACAACCUGAUGUGCUGGACAUUAGGAGUUGAUCCUUUACCCAAUAAUGGUUCCUGGGCUCGGGUAGAGUACCUGCUGAAUGACUCUGAUGGUCUAUUUCAGUCAGCAGCCUCCUGGACCUGCUGUAUGAGUUUGCUAGGGGUACUGUUGGCAAUGUGCAAUUAAACAUUUAACAGGGUUUAUAGCAUCUACUGGUACAGUAGCUAGAGACAGUUUGCUGGAAACAGAACCUCAAAUCAUCUAUCUAUCUAUCUAUCUAUCUAUCUAUCUAUCAUCUAUCAUCUAUAUAUCUAAUGGUAUUGAUAGCAAAAAAUAAAAAGUACUUGACAAGAAGAGAUGUAGUAUGUCAGCAGGACUGUACCUUUAUUUUACAUGAAAUGUUUUAAAGUCACAAAGUGUAAAUCUCUACUCCCUUUUUUUGGCCAUUCUAUUUAAACAGCAGUCUUCUCCAGAAAACAUUGACGCAUAUUAGCGAAAUCCCUGCAAGAUCACAAAAUCAUUUUAGAAAUAACAGAACAGCACUUGUAAAUGGACAGAUUACAUACAGUAAAGAAUGCCAAUGUUGCCUCCUUUUAAAAUGGGUAACAUCUAGAAUAGAUAAUAUGCAGAGACAUACAUCAGGUAAAACAUUAUGACCACCUGCCUAGCAUUGUGUUGGUCAUAAUGCUGUGCCUGACUGGUGUAAGUUGUACUGUUGAAUGGUAAAGGAGAUAUUUAGGAACCUUAACAUUUCCAGUCACUUUUCUUUUUUCCAUUGUUUGGCCACUUUUAAAUCUUACAUAUUUGGUCUGUACUGGAUGAUUAUUGCAACUGAGAUCUCUUAUUUUGAAAUCAUUUUUAAUUGAGGAGCUUGUUUUUUGUUAAGUGUAUGUAUAAUUCACUUUUUUGUGAAAAGUGAUCUAUAAAUAAAUAAAUUCUCUUUUUUUUCAAAACACAA